GGCGCAAUAUUUAAAUGGAGCGGCUUUCAUCCCCUUUUUUACAUUCCAAGUGCUUGCUAAAUAUUUGAAAAUCCAGCCACUUGUAGGCUUACAUGCCUAACAUAAUUAUCAUUUCGUUAUGACGUCUACAAGUAGUGAUAUUGUUCCAGUUGGCACAAUAAUCAAAGAAAGAUGGAGAGUUUACACUAAAAUUGGUGGCGGUGGUUUUGGUGAAAUCUAUGAAGCUGUUGAUAUGAUCAAUCAACAAAAAGUUGCUGUGAAAGUUGAAUCGGCACAACAACCGAAACAAGUAUUAAAAAUGGAAGUUGCUGUACUUAAACGAUUACAAGGACGUGCGCACACGUGUCGUUUUAUCGGUUGUGGUAGAAAUGAACAGUUUAAUUAUAUAGUAAUGAGUCUUCAAGGUAAAAAUCUAGCAGAUUUAAGACGAUCAACUCGUCGUGGAUGUUUUACUAUAAGUACAACUGUACGACUAGCUCGUCAAAUGCUUGUUGCUAUUGAAAAUGUCCAUAAUGUUGGAUUUCUUCAUAGAGAUAUAAAACCAUCAAAUUUUGCAUUAGGAACUGGGAUCGGACCUGGCGCUGUAAAUCCUAGACAAAUUGUGCUCCUUGACUUUGGGUUGGCUCGUCAGUAUACAACUGCAAACGGAGACAUUCGAGCUCCUAGACAGGUAGCUGGUUUUCGGGGUACUGUCAGGUACGCUUCUGUUAAUGCUCAUUCAAAUAAGGAACUUGGACGCCAUGAUGAUCUCUGGUCGUUAUAUUAUAUGCUUGGUGAAUUCAUAGUCGGUGAAUUACCUUGGCGAAAAAUCAAAGAUAAGGAGCAGGUUGGCUUGAUGAAACAAACGUUUGAUCAUAAUCAGUUAUUAAAGUUUAUGCCACGUGAAUUUAGACCAUUUCUUGAACAUAUUCAAAAUUUGACCUAUUUUGAUCGUCCAGACUACAUAUAUUUGCAUUCUUUGCUUAACGCUUAUAUGGAACGUCGUAGGAUAAAUGAAUCUGAUCCAUUUGAUUGGGAGAUAACAACUGAGCCUACGCCUGUUACUGGUGCUAAUGAGACUAAUCAGCACCAUACAACACAAACACCUAUAGCAACUCAACAAGCUGCUCAGGUCACUGUAGCUGGAGCACAGGGAACACUAGAUGUCUCCAAGCUCCGAAAGGGUAUUCCUUCUGGAGUGGAUCAAAAUCGGCUAAAUGUUGGUGCAGGCUCAAGUGGAUAUGUAAGUGGAACUAGAUUGGCCGGAAGUAGUUCAAACUUAGCUCUUGUAAGUCCAGUUGUAACCACUUCAGUGGCUAAUGUAGGGAAAUCUUUUGAUGCUAUCCCAUGUCAUGGUGGACCAAAUGGUAGUGCCUUAAAUUCAAGAUCAGUUGUAGUUUCACAUCAUCGUAAUAAUGUUGACGAAAUUUUGAGCAAUCACAAUUCUCAGCAGCAACAAGGUAACAAUACACCGCGUAAAUCAUUUUCAAAUGCAUGUGCACGGUCGCAUCGACCUGCCACUACUCCACGUCUUGUUAAAGAAGCUGGAGCGGCGAGAGCUCGUGAAGCUGCUUCUAAAGAUGUUACCAAAGUAGAUCAUUUUUACUCUCCACAUUCUCAAGCUAAUCGUGUUUCUCCUUCAGCUAAAGUUGGUAAUACCGACUCAGUUUGUCAACCAACGGAUAGUUCUAUACCGAUUAGUUGUGGACAUCGUAAUAAUGAUCCAAACAGACUUCAACCUGGCAUAGGAACAACGAACAGCAAUUCAUCAAAUCGUCGACCUAUAAGUGCAGGUGCAGCUCAUCUUAGAAGUAGUGGAGGCACUAUAGGAAGUACAGCAAGUGUUGUUGGGGCUGGUUCAGGGACGCGAUGCGACACAAGUUGCACACAUGCUGUUAUUGUAAUGGUCGAUCAAGGAGAAAAUAGUAAUUAUCAUGAUAUGACAAAAGCUGUUCCCCUUACACUCGCUAGUCAUUGGAUUGCUGGUGGAGAAGAUGAAGAAGGUUCGGGCCUCUCUGAAAAUGAAGAUGCUGUUGUAAAAGUUAGAGGUCCAGCUUCUUCUGUUGCUAGUGCUUCUGGUGGGGUUGGAGACGAAUACGAUGCAUCGAAUCAUUUGAACAAAUUUAAUGGAACAAAUAAUCAAUUACCUGAAUGUAGGAGCGGAGAAGACAAUGAAGUAUUUCCCAGAAUGCAGUCAGAAAAUGGCAAUAAUGACAAUAAUUACUUUUGCAAUUGUGACCCUAGUAUGUUAAAUUCUCAGCGAGUCUUUCAACCUUCUGGAGAUGUUAACAAGGAUGUUGGAUCUGGUUCUUAUCAAGAGCCAGGAUCAGAUGAAAAUAGUGGAGAGAGAUCUUCAGUGAAUGUACCUUAUACUACACCUGGGAGACAAGUAUCUAUUUCUUCUCAACACACAUAUGGAGAGGUUGAAAGUGGUUCCUACAGACAUAAUAUCAAUUCUUUUGGAAAUCGAGGUGUUGCACGUAAACUAUCCCAAGGAUUUCGUCGACAAAGAGCACUGCCUCAAUAUCUUACUUCAGAAUCAAAAUUACUUCCAAGUUAUGGUAUGCCUACAGCCAAAGAAAGUUGUUUAGUCAAUUCACCAACUCGUUUGAAAUCUUUUAAAAGUGAUAAUGAUAAUAAUUGGAUCACUCGAAGUGGUGGUGAUUUAACGCCUCAGUUUCCAAUUCCAUUCUCACGUUCCACAAGUCCAUACCAUCCUCAUGGCUUAGAAAUUGUUGAUGAAAAUGCUAGUAUACCAGUUUCUAAGCAUUCACCAUAUAUUACACAAGAAAUGGUUGAUCGCAGAGGUCGAAUCCAGUAUAAAGAUUUACAUGAUCAUGAUUAUCGUGAAUCAGGAAAUCUAAUUAAUGAGUUUCAUUUUGAUCCAAUUGUUAAUUUAAAUAAUAAUCAUAAUGAUAAUAACAAUGCUAACGCUAAUAAUAAUCACAAUUAUUCAAAUACAUGGAAGUUUAAUCAAAACAGUAAUUGUUUUCCUAAUCCACCACAUUUAAAUUCUUCUAAUUCCAUGUAUCAUCAUUUACAACCUGUCGAGAAUCAAUCAAAUCAUAUGAGUCGUUCAAUGAUAUUAUCACAAACAAGCAGCGCUGAGCCAUCAUCCACAUAUAACCUCCUUAUGCAUCCAUUACGAAUAAAUAAUGAAAAUAAUGAGAUUAAUUUGAAACCACCAAAUUCAUCAUAUUUAACUGAUGGUCCUAUCUUUUAUAAAUCACCGUUUCAAUAUUCUUCAGCAUCGCCAUCUGUCAUAAAACCAUUAACUACUACUAUAAUAUCACGUGAUUAUUUUCGCUCUCGUCCUGAUAUCUCUUCAGCAUCACGUCAAUAUUAUGUUUCACAACCAAAUAAUCAUUUCAAUACAACUACACGACGUCCGACAUUAUCGGUCGCACAAAAUAAUUCAUACUUAAAAGCACCAUUUUCUAAAUCUGAACAUAAUCUUUUACAUGCUGUAGAUAGCUUACCGGAAUUGGAAAACAGACGAUUUCAGCCUACAGUUGAAGAUGAUAGUUACUUGGUAAGUGAAAUAUAUAUAUUCAGUCGUGAGAGAGUUUAGAUAAUGGAGAGAACACUUGUUAUCAGACUUAAGUAGUGCUGUAAGAGCGUGACCGACUGACAAUUCCAAGCUUUUCACACCAUACCAAAGUAAAAAGUGGACAGGAUUAGAACUAAUGGUUCAGUUAGCUGUAGAGCUUAAAGGGAAACUGGUUGAGGCUCAUGACCCUAUUGAUGAAUAGAUAGUUGUACUAUCUAUCAGCUACAUUUUGUUGAGUUGUAAUAAUUGAUUUGUACUAGCUUCUCAGAUUGUUAAUAAUAACUUAUUAGUAAGUAAGGAUAUUAAAUAUGUAUAGCUUAAUACUCAUAUGGGGUGGUUAACUAACAUUGUAUCAAAUUGGAGUCGAAACAAUUGAUGUUCCUGUAUUUAUCAGUUAGAAUAGACUAAAGUUAUUUUAGGAGUCCUUUCAGAGUUGAUUACUGAAUAGAACUGGUAUUGUUUAAUGGCUAUUUCGUACCCUAGUGGAGAUAUUUAUUUUAUUUUAUUUCAACACAUAAAUAUUGGUAUAAGAGGGGACCAAAUAUAUAUGCGCCACACCAUAUUUGUGUAUGUGCGGGCUGUGAUACUGCCCGGGUGCCCAGACCGAAACAGGUAGUGGAGAUACUGAAAUAUAUCAGUUAUUCAUAACAAAUGUAAGGUACAGCACGGAUUUGUGUUAGUCCAAGUUGCCACAUUGAAUGGCAAAGUAACAAACGAAAUUAAAAGAGGAGUAGAAUCAACUUCGGCUACCGUGCAAAUAUGGAAGUACACGAGAAGUACAGAUCAAAGAAUAAGUAAGAUCUCAGGAUAGAAAGUUAGGAGUUACGUAACUCGACGUCUAGAGGGAGUUAAGCAAUUAUACAACCGCUCCACUAGCAUUGAUUUUAUGCAAUAUCAUUGAACGUCUCUAACAGUUGAUUACGAAUAGUAGUUAGUUUAGGGACAGAGUAUUAAAAAGGUAAAUUAGUCAAUGGAGCUAUAAGUUUAUCAACUGAGCUGCUCUAAAGACAUUUUACGCAUAUAUAUCCGCCAUAUAUCUUAGAGACUGGCUAGGGUAGGAGUUGGUUGGAAAAUAUCUAGAGCCAAGUAGAUCAAGCAAAACUAUAUUACUCUUUCAAGUCACUGAUCUCUGAGGUUUCAUCGUCCUCAUAGAUGCAGAUUCCCUGGUUAGAAACCUUAUAACAACUAAUCCGUGGUUGUAGAUUUCAAAUGACAUGGGCCAAAAUUGAUGAUAUUGGAGCAAUUAUGCUCAUUCUAUCUCUUCCAAAUCUUUAGUUUAGCGUUAUUCUAUACUCUUCUUUCUUUUGUGACUAAAUGUUAGGUAGGAACAGAGAACUCUAUUCUUAAUCUACUCAGCUAAUAUCGUCUUUACAUAAUGACGUAUUCUUAAAGACUUUUUUGUAGAAUAUACACAGAUUGAUCAAGUAACCCUAUAAUGUGACGAUAGUUGACUAUUUUGUCUACAGAUAAAACCAAAAAAUCUAAACAGUGACAAAUACUUAUACGUCACAUGACUAACGCUCAUUCUAACAAAUUCAACUAACAGAGUUGGGUUCCACCUCGUCUAAGGAAUAUAACUACAGUUAAGUGUUAGUAGUAUACCUAUAUUCUCAAACCUGACGAAGGUUGAACAUUUAAUUUGUACAUUCACGCUAAGGCAUGAAAUCAGUCUUGUUUUCCCAGGUUUGCUAUUCACACUCUUCAGUUAAGCGUUGGAUAGUUAUGGAUCCCAAUGUUUUAGAUGAAAUAUUGGUCAAAGUGAUUCCUUUGUGGUUGUCACAAGUGAACUGUUAUCUUGUUCUAUAAGCUGAGACAGUCAGUCUGAUUUCUAGCUUCCUUACGGAGGCUAAUAUCUCAGUUCAUCUAAUUUAUAAAACUGAACUACGAUCUUUUAAAAAAACUGGGAACAAUCUAUAAGGACCAGGUACUCUCCCUAGCUUCAAAAAACAGUUGUUUAAUUCACAUGAAAUCUGGUACGAUUAACUGGGCACUGAAAAUAAAAAGC